AUGGCCACUCUUCACUACCUCCCUCCCGUCAAGCCCUCGGCCAUUGCCCUCGGCACGGCCUACACGCACGCCGUCUCGCUGGCCGUCCUGGGCCCCGUCUUCGGCGAUACGUACAGGCAAGUGCAGGCCGCCAACUCCAAGGAGGAGUUCUUCAAGUCCAAGGAGGCGGCGACUGCGGCGGCCAGCUACGGCUCGAGCCUACUGGGCAGCGCCGUGCAGGCGUACGGCGUCGGCGCCCUGAUCAACGCCACCGGCACCCUCAGCUACAAGGGCGCCGCCUACCUCGGCGGUCUCAUCUUCUUCGCCAGCUCUGCGCCUUCGCUCAUCGCCCACGUCAUCACCGAGAAGCGUCCUCUUGAGCAGGUUGCCGUCGGCGGCGUCGCUAGGCUUCUGGAGACUGUCGGCCUGGCCUUGACCCUCACUUGGUGGGGCACCCGCACCAACCCCUUCGACUAG